AUGGGGCGGCGGUUGCUGGCGGCGCCAGUGCGGGGGGCGCUCGUGGAAACUGGGGAGACGCCCCGCGCCGCCCUAGCCGCCGAGCCGUCGCCCUCGGGCGUUGCAGCGCCGGGCAGCUCGAGCAGCACUGGCGCCGCAUCCGAGGGCGCCGUGGCGGUGGCAGAGGGUCGCGAGAGAGCGCUCGGGAGACGCCGCGAGUGGCUGGCGCUGGCCCGCGCGGAGGAAGUCUGGGACAUGCUCGGCGGGAACGCGGCUCCUCUCGAGCAGAAGGCGGCGCAGUUCAGGUCCCACAAGCAGUGCCAGGGCGAGCUGGGCUAUUGGCAGGAGUUCGCGGGUCUCAGAGGCCUCGGGCUCGUGAGCAGCAAAGAGGUCAACGAGAUGCUGGCCUGGGGCGAGCCCCGCAGGGCGCUGUCCGUCUUGCUCCCAUGGAGUACCUACCUGAGGCCGAGCAGCCCGCUGGCCCCAGACCCAGAGAGUUUCUUGGGGCCCUGCCGGCCAGACGAUCGCUGGAGCCUGCUGGCGCGCCCCGCGGGCCACAGGGUGGCCAGCGAGAUCAAAGAGUUCGUUGACUCGAAGCCGGGGGGCGGCCGUUGGGUUCAUCUCCUGUGCCCCCCCCUGCGUACCCUGUCAAAGCAGAUGAGGGACAGGGCGGUCUGGGUGUUCAAGUAUUGCGAACUUCUGAAGGCCGCUGCGGA